AUGACGAGUGAGCAGCUUGAGGGCCCCGCGGUUGCCAGAGGGAAUGGGGAUGCCAAGGCGUCUGUCUCGCGGGCUCAACGUAUCAGGAUCCAGGGCAUUGCAGGCGCGGGUUGCAGCAUCCCUGUGGAAGAGCGGGAUCAACACGAGAACAAAGGAGGGUUACCAGAGCUCAUCGAUGUCACGAAAUGUAACACCGUGGGGACUGCAUUCCGGGGUGACGAAUCCAUGGAAAUGACUUCCGCGAGCUUCCUUUGCCAAUUCCGAAGAGAAGGAAGGAAAGAAGCAGCCCUGCGAGAAUUGGCCCUGGAGAGUGAAGCGAAACAAUCAUCAUCAUCAAAAAGACCCAGCCAUUCGAAAUGGUGGCCGGUGCCACCAGAGUCGUAG